UCACCCGUCUUCUAUUAUUUCCCUCCCGCUCUCUUUCACGACGUGUGACGCUCGCGCAGCCCCUGCUGGUGCUCAGCGCAGCUCUCCAGCCUUCUAUUAAAUAUUAAGGCCAUGUCUUCCAUGUUUCUCGUCACCUUUCUCUCCGCUAUUAUCCUGCUAUGUCUAUUUUCACCUGUAGUCAGAAGGUCUAUCAUGGCCGGUGACGACCUCCUUGAUGCCCACGAGUCGGGUUUAGCUCUCGUCGCGUCCCGCAAUCCAUUCAAGGAAUCAGGACCUCCAGCGUGCAUGGCCAAACUUAUCAUGUUGAGGCAUAAAAUUCAGACGGGUACACGCAAACGUAGAUCCCCGACGCUCUCACGCCAAUCACGAAAUAUCGCACUCAUCCAACCCACUCGCCCGCGCGCGUCCUGGGUUCGUUUUGGAAGAAAUUUUGGACAUCAAUAUCACUAAAUUACAAGCAUCUUCAAUCAUUUGACACUUCUAAUGUCUGGGCCGAGUCUUGUAGAGCCUUAUCGCCCGUUAUUUAUAUCUCCGCGAUACCCAUCUUAGAUAUCUACCUCGUUCAUC